CUUUUCUGUGGGAAACGGGUCCAAGUGGCUCUUUCAGUGGUAAAGGUUGCUGACCCCUGACCUAGGGAGUUCAUAGGAAGUGCCUUGGGACAUUGUCUUAUAUUUAAUGUACAGUUUAACUCAAAUCACUGCUGAUAUUGUUUUUGUUCACUUUCUCGUAUAUUUAUUUAUUUAGAGAUAAAUAACUCUAAACAGAACAGACUCUUUUGGCCCAAAAAGCCACUGCCCAGCAACCUAUCUGUUUCACCCUAUCUUAAUCACAGGAUAGUUUACCUGUUAACCUAUUAACUGGUAUGUCUUUGGAAUGUGGGACCAAACUGAGCACCUGGAGGAAACCCAUGUGUUCACUGGGAGAAUGUACAAACUCCUUAUAGAAUUGAACUCCCAACUCCAACAUCCUGAUCUGUAAUAGCAUCACACUAGCUGUGGUGCCCCUCUGUUAGCUAUUAAGUGGCCCCUUUCAAAAUUCAUGACCAAUCAUGGGUCAUAAAAGCAAACUAAGUUUUUGAUAUGUCCUCAUGGAGUUUAACCUUUGUUUGUCAUGGAGUCAUACAUCAUGGAAACAGGCCUUUCCGGCUACUGACACUGUUUAGACCUUCAAAUACACUCUUGCCGUAAUCCCACACUGAUCCCACCUAAUUGUCUAUACUUCCCUGCCAGAAGGCAAAUGCAUCGUUAGCAUUCAUUUCGAGAGGACUAGAAUAGAAGAGCAAGGAUGUAAUGCUGAGGUUUUAUUAGACAUUGGUCAGACCACACUUGAAAUAUUGUGAACAAUUUUGGGCCUUUCAUCUUAGAAAAGAUGUGUUGGCAUUGGAGAGAGUCCAGAGGAGGGAAAGAUCCUGGGAAUGAAAGUGUUAAUGACUGAAGAGAGUUUGAAGACUCUGGGCCUGUACUCACUGGAGUUUAGAAGAAUGAGCAGGGAUAUUAUUGAAAUAUUUUGAAUGUUGAAAGGCCUAGAUAGAGUGGACAUGGAGAGGAUGUUUCCUGGAGUGGAGGACCAGAGGGCGCAGUCUCAGAAUAGAAGGACAUCCCUUUAAACAGUGAUGUGGAGGAAUUUCUUUAGUCAGAGGGGGUGAAUCUGUGAAAUUCAUUGCCACAGACAGCUGCAGAAGUCAAGUCAUUGAGCAUAUACAAGUAGGUGUUCAUUGGUUCUUGAUUAGUAAAGGCAUUAAUGUUUAUGGGAAGAAAGCAGGUAAUUGGGGUUGAGAAGGAAAUUAAAUCAGCCAUGAUCAAAUGGUGGAGCAGACUCAAUGGACUAAAUAACAGAAUUCUGCUCCUAUAUCUUGUGGUCUUGUGGUCUUAUGGUUAUAUUCUACCCCUCAGCUAUGUAUUAAAUAUAAUUUACAAUGACCAAUUAACUUAUCAAUCUGCACGAACUCAUAGAGUCAUAGAACACUACAGUACACAAACGGGCCCUUUGGCCCAUCCAGUCGUGCUGAACUAUUAAUUUGCCUAGUCCCAUCGACUUGCAGCUAGACCAUAGUCCUUCAUAUCCCUCCCAUCCAUGUCCCUAUCAAAUUUCUCUUUAAUGUCUUUGGGAUGUGGGAGGAAACCAGAGUAUCCCAGGGAACCCACGCAGUGAAACAGAAAGCAGGCAAAACCAGACAGAUGGCACUUAAGUUCAGGACUGAAUCGAAGUCACUCCGAGAUAACAGCUCUACGAGAUGGAUCAUGCAGCUUAUUCAAAGAUCAAAUUAAGUUUAUUAUUGAAGUACAUGUAUGCCACCAUGUACAACCCUGAGAUUCACUUUCUUGUGGGCAUUCAAGUAAAUACAAAGUAACACAAUAGAAUCAAUGAAAAACUGCACUCAACAAAACAGACAACCAAUGUACAAAAGAUAGCAAAAUGUGCAAAUACAAAAUGAAGAAAAAAAAAUAAAUUAUCAAUAAAUAGUGAGAACAUAAGAACAAAAGUCCUUGAAAGUGAGUCUGUGGGUGUGGGAAAAGUUCAGUUUUGGAUUGAAUGAGGUUGAAUGAAGUUAUUCCCUUCAAGAUCCUAAUGGAUGAGGGGUAAUAACUGUUCCUGAACCUGGUGCUGUGGGUCCUGAGGCUCCUGUAGGUCCUUCCUGAUGGCAGCAGUGGGAAGGAAGCAUGGCCUGGCUGGAUGUUUGAUGUUUGCGAUAGCAGGAAUUGCCUCUGAGGGUGAGUGUGGGAAGCAUUUCCUGAAUUAUUGAGUGUGGGUUCUUAGGCUCCUAUACCACUGCCCUGAUGGUAACAAUGAGAAGAACAUGUUUUUUGGAUAGUAAGGGCCCUUAACAAUGGAUGCCACCUUUUUGAGGUGUUGUCUUUUGAAGAUGUGGUGGGCAAGGUUGUGCCCGUGAUGAAGCUGGCUGUGUCUAUGACCCUGUGCAAUCUCUUGUGAUCCUGUACUUUGGAGCCUUCAUACAAGGCUGUGAUGUAACCAGUCUUAAUGCUGUUCACCACAAACCUAGGGAAAUUUGUAAGGGCCUUUGUGGCAUUCUAAAUCUCCUCAAAUUUAGCAGUUUAAUGGAGUUUAUCAUGACCGGAAGUUUCUAUUGAUGGGCAACUGUUCCACUAGGGAACGUUGAUUGUUGAAUCUGCAUGGUGAGAGGGAAAAUACCCAGCUGAAGUUUGCUACCAGUCACAGCAUAUAACAUUAAAAGACAGAGAUCACAGCACUCUUCUACAAAACAAUGUGCAGCCAAUAUCUCUGGAUAAUUAACAUGGCUUCAGGGGAAAGUGAAAGAUUUUAAGGAAGUCCUACUCAAUCUAUGUCAUGUUUCAUUAAGAUAGAAACUUGAAUAUUGGCACCACAGUACUCUGGUGGUUAGCAUGACCUUAUUACAGCUCAGGACAUUGGAGAUCAGGGCUCAGUCAUAGCAUUCUAUAUAAGGAGUUUGGACAUGGAAUGUGUGGAUUUUCUCUGAGUGCUCUGGUUUCCUCCCACAGUGCAAAAACUUAUCGGUUAAUAAGUUAAUUGGACAUUGUAACUUGACCCAUGAUGAGGCUAGGGCUAAACUGGGGAUUGCUGGGUGGCACAGCAUGAAAGGCCUAUUCUGCAAUGUUUCCUGAAAUAAAUAAAUGAAUAAAUAGUGUGGGGUAUCAUCAGUUGUUAAUUUCUGAAAGCAAUUCAGAGAAGAGUCGUAAGCACAAGAGAUUUUAUAGAUGCUGAACAUCUUGAGCACCACACACACAAUGCUGGAGGGAUUUAGCAAGUCAGGCAGCAUCUAUUAUCUAUAAUCCAAAGACACAGGAGCAGAAUCAGGCCAUUUGGCCCAUCAAGUCUGCUCCACCGUGGUUGAUUCACUAUCCCUCUCAACCCCAUUCUCGUGUCUUCUCCCUGUAACCUUUGGCACCCUGACUAAUCAGGAACCUAUUAACCUCCACAUUAAAUAUUCUCAAUGACGUGGCCUCUACAGCCAUUUGUGGCAAUGAAUUUCACAGAUUUACUACACCCUGGCUAAUGAAAGUCCCUCUCAUCUUUGCUCCAAAUGGACAUCCCUCUGUUCUGUGGCUGUGCCCACUGGUCCUAAACUCAUUCACAAUAGGAAGUGUCUUCUCCACAUCCCCACUAUCUAGGCCUUUCAAAAUUUGAUAGGUUUCAAUAUUCAAGAAAAAUAAACAGUUAACAUUUCAGGCAGAGAUAUUGCAUCAGUAGUGUAAAAGAAGGGAGCAGAGGCCAGAAUAAGAAGUUGAGGGGUGGGGAAGCUGGUAAAUGAUAGGUGAGUCCAGGUGGGUGUGUGGAGAAGGAGGGAUGAAGUGAGAAGCUGGGAAGGAAUAGGUGGCUGAAGAGGAUAAGGAGGAGACUGGGCCACAGGAGAAAGGGAAGGAGGAGGGCAAGUAAGGAGAAGAGAAGAGUCAUGACAGGUAUCCAGUGGAAGUUGUAGCUUCAGUAGAGUAAACAGCUUGGAAAGAGGUCGCUUAGCCCAACUCAUUCAUGCCGAUUAUGAUGCUUAGCAAGCUAAUCCCAUUUGCCUGUGUUUGGCCCAUAUUCUCUAAACCCCUCUUAUCCAUGCAUUUAUCCAAAGGUAUUUUAAAUGCUGUUAUUUUACAUGUCUCAGUCAGUUCCUCUGCACCUUAUUCUAUACAGACACCACCAUCUGUAUUGCGAAAUUACUCCUCUGGUCCCUUUUAUAUCUUUCACCUCUUACUUUAAAACUACACUAGGCACUCUGGUUAUUAGUUCCCCUUCCCUGGGGGAGAAAAGACUACUGUACGGGCAUUCACCAUCUAUACUCCUCAUAAUUUUAUACAACUCUCAAAGGUCAUCCCUAAAUCAGAAUCAGAAUCAUGUUUAUUAUCACUGACAUAUGUUGUGGAAUUAGUUGUUUUGCAGCAGCAGUACAGUGCAAUACAUAAAACAUACUAGACAUUACAAUAAGAAGUAUACUGUAUAUAUAAGCAGAGCAAAAAGACAGCAAAAAUAUUGAGGUAGUGUUCACGGGUUCGUGGACCAUUUGUCUGAUGGUGGAGGGAAAUAUUCCUAAAGCAUUGAAUAUGUGUCUAUAUGCUUCUGUACCUCCUCUCCUCAAUGGUAGUAAUGAGAAGAAGGCACGUCUAUAAAACCAUAAGAUAUAUGGGCAUAAUUAGACCAUUUAGCACAUUGAGGUCACUCUGCUGUUCUAUCAUGGCUGAUCCAUUUCCCUCCCAGCCCCAAUCUCCUGCCUUCUCCCCGUAACCUUUCAUGCUCUAACCAAUCAGGAAUCUAUCAAUCUCUGCCUUAAAUGUGCCCAAUGAUUUGGCCUACACAGCUGUCUGUGGCAAAACAUUCACAGAUCCACCACUCUCUUAAUAAAAAGAUUCUUCCUCAUCUCUUUUCUAAAUGCUCAUUCUUCUAUUCUGAGACUGUGCCCUCUGGUCCUAAGCUCCCUCGCCAUAGAAAAUAUCCUUCCCACAUCCAUUUUAUCAAGAUCUUUCAAUAUUCGAAAGGUUUCAAUGAGAUUCCACCCCCUAUCAUUUUUCUGAAUUCCAGUGAAUACAGGCCUUGAGCCAUCAAUCAGUCCUCAUUGGAGUGCCCUAUUACUCCUGAAAUCAUUCCUGUGAAACUUCUCUGAACACUCUCCAAUGUCAGCACAUCCUUUCUUAGAUAAGGGGCCCAAAACUGCUCACAGUACUCCAAAUGAGGACUUAACAGUGCUGUAUAAAGCCUGAACAUUGCAUCCUUGCUUUUUUAUUAUAGUCCUCUUGAAAUGAAUGCUGACAUUGCACUUACCUUCUGACUCAACCUGAAAAUUAAUCUCUAAAGAAUCUUGCAUGAGGGCUCCCAAGUUCUUUUGGAUUUUUAAAUUUUCUCUCCAUUUAGAAAAUAGUCUUUGCUUUUAUUUCUUCUACCAAAGUGCAUGACCAUACACUUUCCAACACUGUAUUCUAUCUGCCACUUCUUUGCCCAUUCUCCUAAUCUAUUUUAAUCCAUAUUCAGCCUCCCUGCUUCUUCAACACUACCUGUUUUUCCACCUAUCUUCAUAUCGUCUGCAAACUUGGUCACAAAGAGAUCAAUUCCAUCACCCAAAUCACUGACAUAUAACUUUAAAAAAUUUGUCCCAACGUAGACUCCUGUGACCUCUUCCAAUCAAUUUUGGCUAGCUCCUCUUUUAUGCCUCUGUAAUUCCCUUUACUCCAUUGUAAUAUUGACAAUUCCAACUUUAGUUUCUCCCUUUCAAAUUGCAGAGUGAAUUCUAUGAUAUUAUGAUCAAUCACAUCUUCAGGUUCCUUUACUCUAAAUUCUCUGAUCAAUUCCAGUUCAUUGCACAUCUAAUCCAGAUUAGCCAAUCCAGACUCAGCCAUGAGCUGCUGUAAAGGGCCAUCUUAUAGGCAGUCGAUAAAUAUUUUCUCUUGGGAUCCAGUACUCACCUGGUUUUCCCAAUCUAUCUGCAUAUUGAAAUCCCCCAUGCCCAUCAUAACAUUGCUCUUUUGACAUGCCUGUUGUAAUUCGUAGCCCACAUCUUUGCUACAGUUCAGGGGCCUGUAUAUAACUCUCAUCAGGGUCCUUUUACCUUUGCAGUAUCUUAGUUCUACACCUUCCAAUUCUGUGUUACCUCUUUUUAAUGACUUGAUUGCAUUUUUACCUCCAGAGCUACCCCACCCUCUCUGCCUAUCUGCCCUGUCCUUUUGAUACAAUAUGAAUCUUGAAUGUUAAGCUCCCAGCUAAAAUCUUUUGUCAGCCAUGACUCAGUGAUGCCCUCAACUUCAUACAUGCCAAUCUGUAACUGUGCCAUUCACCUUAUUCACCCCAAGUUCAUUCACCUUAUUUUGUAUAAUGCAUGCAUUCAAAUAUAACAUCUUUAGUCCUGUAUUCAUCACCCUUUUUGAUUUUGUCCCUAUUUUACUUUGCAAUUCAUCCUGUUGACUGCAGUUUUCCCUAUCAUCUGUUUCUCCUUGCUAGCAGUCUCAGUUUGUAAAUCAAAUACCCCAUCCACCAUGCUAUCACUCUGGUUCCCAUCUGAAUGCCAAAUUACUUUAGACCCUCUUGAAUAGUGCUAGAAAACCUACCUGCAAGGAUAUUGGUCCACACACAAAACACUGGAGAAGCUCAGCAGGCCAGGCAGCGUCUAUGGAUAAGAGUACAGUCGAUGUUUUGGUCCACUUAGGUUCAGGUGUAACCCAUCCCUUUCAUACACAUUGUACCUUCCCCAGAAGAGAUCUCAAUGAUCCAGAAAUCUGAACUGCUGACCCCUGCACCAUUUUCUCAGCCAUGUAUCUAUCUGUCAAAUACUCCUAUUCUUACCCUCACUGGCAAGUGGCAUAGGCAGCAAUCCAGAGAUGAGACUGAGAUCCAGAGACUGCGGAAUCUCCUUCACUUCUGCAGUCCUCUUCACCUCUCUUCUCUUCUGAGCCACAGUUCCAAACUCAGUGCCAGAGACGAUAGGUCAUCCGUCUCUCCAGUAUCCAAGUAUCCAAAGUGGUGUACUUAUUAUUGAGGGGAAUGGCCACAGGGUACUCUAUACUGGCUGCUUGGAGUGGCUACCUCCCUAUCAUUAGCUCUUCUCUAUUAUUUCCUCAUUCUCCCAUAUGAGCCAAAGGUCAUUGAACUGCAGCUCCAGUUCCUCAACAUGUUGUUUGAAGAGCUGCAGCUUGAUGCAACUGGUGCAGAUGUGGUUACCUCAGAGGCUGUAGUCUCCCAGGAUUCCCACGCCUUACCUAAACAACAUAACACUGCCCAUGGAGUCAUUCUCUCUGCUCUAGCUAUGCCUUAGCAGAUGAGGAAUGAAGAAUAAAGAAGAAGAGACAUACUAGAUGCUUAUCCCAUGCAAGACUUAUUGAGAAAGUAAGGAGGCAUGGGAUCCAAGGGUUUAUUGCUUUGUGGAUCCAGAAAUGGCUUGUCCACAGAAGACAAAGAGUGGUUGUAGAUGGGUCAUAUUCUGCAUGGAGGUCAGUGACCAGUGGUGUCCCUCAGGGAUCUGUUCUGGGACCCCUACUCUUUGUGAUUUUUAUAAAUGACCUGGAUGAGGAAGUGGAGGGAUGGGUUAGUAAAUUUGCUGAUGACGUAAAAGGUUGGGGAUGCUGUUGAUAGUGUGGAGGGCUGUCAGAGGUUACAACAGGACAUUGAUAAGAUACAAAACUGGGGUUAGAAGUGGCAGAUGGAGUUCAACCCAGAUAAGUGUGAAGUGGUUCAUUUUGGUAGGUCAAAUAUGAUGGCAGAAUAUAGUAUUAAUGGUAAGACUCUUGGCAGUGUGGAGGAUCAGAGGGAUCUUGGGGUCCGAGUCCAUAGGACACUCAAAGCUGCUGCGCAGGUUGACUCUGUGGUUAAGAAGGCAUACAGUGUAUUGGCCUUCAUCAAUCUUGGGAUCGAGUUUAGGAGCCAAGAGGUAAUGUUGCAGCUAUAUGGUACCCUGGUCAGACCCCACUUGGAGUACUGUGCUCAGUUCUGAUCGCCUCACUACAGGAAGGAUGUGGAAACCAUAGAAAGGGUGCAAAGGAGAUUUACAAGGAUGUUGCCUGGAUUGGGGAGCAUGCUUUAUGAGAAUAGGUUGAGUGAACUCGACCUUUUCUCCUUGGAGCGACAGAGGAUGAGACAUGACCUGAUAGAGGUGUAUAAGAUGAUGAGAGGCAUUGAUCAUGUGGAUGGUCAGAGCUUUCUCCCGGGGCUGAAAUGGCUAGCAUGAGAGGGCACAGUUUUAAGGUGCUUGGGAGUAGGUACAGAGGAGAUGUCAGGGGUAAGUUUUUUACAUAGACAGUGGUGAGUGCGUGGAAUGGGCUGCCAGUGAUGCUGGUGGUGGCAGACAUGAUAGGGUCUGUUAAGAGACUCCUGGAUAGGUACAUGGAGCUUAGAAAAAUAGAGGGCUAUGGGUAACCAUAGGUAAUUUCUAAGGUAGGGACAUGUUUGGCACAGCUUUGUGGGCUGAAGGGCCUGUAUUGUGCUGUAGGUUUUCUACAUUUCUGUGUUUCUAUGUUUUUACCUUGCCCAAGCCCGAUUAGCCAACGUUAAGAUCUUUCCAUUUUAACACUGGCCCACUCGCACAAUAGCCACUCCAAUAAUGGUCAGUCUGCUUGCCCCUGCCUUAUUUUUAUUCACCUUUACUGAUUGGCCAUAAUUUAAACUCUGAAAACUGCUGUGAAAUGCUGCUUUUUUAAUCUUCAGUUGUGGACCCGUGUGAAGCUGUCUCUUCCUUUUACUCUCCUGUCGACUGAAUGGCCACAGUUCAAACUCCUGGGUGAUGGGGUUCCUAUAUGAUUGAUGCCACCUUUUUCAGGCAUUGCUUUUUGAAGGUAUCCUUGAUGGUCGGGAGGCUAUACCCAUGAAGGAGCAGGCUGAAUUUUUAACCCUCUGCAGCUUCUUCUGAUUCUGGAAUGUCCCCGAGAUGCCAAGGAACAAUGUACUAACCUGCCUAGCCUGGCCUUAUAACCCAGCCCUUGAGUCUGGUGGCAUCUUCAUAAAUUAUUUCUGUACUCUUUCCAAUGUUUUGGCAUCUUUUCCAUAGCAAAGUGACCUAAACUGAACACAGUAUUCCAAAUGCAGCCUCACCAGCAUCUUGUGUAUCUACAGUGUAACCUCCCCAUUUCUGUCUUCAGUGUCCUGGCUGGAAAAAUGUAUCUGUGCGAUGUGCUUGCCCAUGGACAUGAUAGUGUCUGGCAGAAAUAUCACAGGUCUUGCUGCUGAGCUGAGCCUCUUCCUUGGUAAACUUCCACCUGGAUGUUGCUGGGUCUUGAGGGACUAAAUUAUAAGGAAAGGUUGAAUAGAUUAGGAUUUUAUUCCCUGUAGUUUAGAGGAAAGAGGGGAGAUUUGACAGAGGUAUACAAAAUUAUGCGGGGUAUAGAUAGGACAAAUGCAAGCAGGCUUUUUCCCUGAGGUUGGGUAAGACUACAACUAGAGAUCAUGGGUUAAGGCUGAAAGGUGAAAUGUUUAAGGGGAACAUGAGGAGGAACUUCUUCACUCAGAGGGUGGUGAGUGUGUGAAAUGAGCUGCCAGCAGAAGUGGUGGAUUUGGGGUCGAUUUCAACAUUUAAGAAUCCAACAUCCAUCAUCAAAGAGCACCACCAUCCAGACAUGUUCUCUUUUUGUUGCUGCCCUCAGGAAUUGGAUACAAGGCCCUACACUACCAGGUUCAGAGACAGUUAUUAUUAUCCUUCAGCCAUUAAGCUGAUGAACCAGAAUGGAUAACUUCACUCGCCUCAACACUGAACUGCUUCCACAACCGAUGGACUCAUUUGCAAGGACACUACAAAUCAUGUCUCAAUAUCAUUUAUUGAUUUAUUUACUUAAUAUUUGUUUUUCUUUUUGUCUUUGCACAGUUUGUCAUCUUUUGCACAUAGGCUGUAUUUUUUUGUCCAUAUUUGUGUAGUUUUUUCAUUGAUUUUAUUGUGUUUUUUUUUUGUAUCAACUGUGAAAGCCCACAAGGAAAUUAACCUCAGGGUGGUAUGUGGUGACAUAUAUGUUCUUUGAUAAUGAAUUCACUUUGAACUCUGAAAUUUGAUAUGUUUGGAUAAGAACAGGGAUGGGAGAUGCAUAGAGGGUUAUGGUCAAGGUGCAGCUCAAUGGGACUAGGUAGAUAAUAGUUCUGCACGCACUAGAUGGGCUAAGGAGCUUGCUUCUAUGCUGUAGUGUUCUAUGACUCUAUAGCUCCCCUGUGAAACAUGAUGCCUGGCAGCCUUAGUGAAAUUCAAUGCAGUUAAACCUCCCACAGGGUAAUAUCAACUGGUGAGUGGUAAUUACAAACAUAGUGACUCCUUUGAACAUUGUUCGUUUGUCACUUUACAGAAUCCUUUACUCAAAGAGAAGAAAGGCCAGUGUUCUGUGAUGAAGUCGAUGAAGACAGAAUAAGAAGGUGGAGGGAGGAGGAAAAAUUUAAGCUGGCAGGUGACAGGUUCGUAUUAAUGAAACAGCCAAGCCUUUGGCCUUCACAUUUGUGCCAACUGUUCGAAAGCUUCCUGCUCACAUUCAGGUGAUGGAUACCAGAUUCUCGCAUCAGCCUGGUAAACUGCAAAGCUCAAUGGCCAGUUCCUCCAUCUUGAAUGAGCCCUUGUGUAUUACUGAAGAAGAACAGUCUGGAAGUUUUAGAGUGGAAGAUGGCAUUGUAGAAGGAGCGUCAAAACGAAGCUGGUUGAAUAAUGAAGGAAACUUUGGGCCUGCUGAAGAGGCUUCACAGAUCCAGGGGAUUUUCAAGGCCGAGUUUGUCUUACUAACAGAUUCAGAUGGAAAUGACAGUGAUUGUUUCUCUCAAGGAGGUGGAGUAGAUCUCUCAGCCACGGCAUUGUCUUUGUCAAGUUUGACUCCUAAUCCUUUCACUGAUGUCAAAGGCAGUUUUGUUCAUCCAAAUGUUGUUGAAGAUAAAACAAAGGUCCCUUUCUUACAAGAUGCUGAGCAGAAGCUGGAUGGUGCUGUGCAAGAAUCACUCUUUCAGUACAAGAUCAAGUCAAGUUACAAGGCUUUUGCAGCAAUACCCACCAACACACUACUACUGGAUCAGAAGGCCAUCGAUGAAGCAGUCAAUGACUUGGGAGGAACUACAACACAAAGCACAUCAAAGGAAAUGCAUUCGCAAUUCCUUUAUGAGCCUGGAACUCUCAGGCAGCAGUCCGAGGAACUGUACGCCACUAUUGAGCAAGUACUGGAGGAUCCAUUGCCAUCGCACUGCACAGGUUCCAGUCUCAGAUCCCCGCCGAGACUGCUGGAUUCUGAAGCCCACAAACCUAUCAGUCCCAUACCAAAGACAGCUGGAAGAGAAACCAAAUAUGCUAAUCUCCAUCUACCAUCUCCCAAGACCACAGAGAAUCAACCUACCAGACCUGGUGUAAUUCGUCCAGUCACUGCUCUACAGAAGGUACCUUCGAUGCUCGAGGUGGACGACAUCUGUUCCAAUCCUUUCAGACAACACACCGAUGAAACCAAUAACAGUGAAAUCAAAGAGCCGCGGCACUCAAUAACAACAAUUCAUGAGAAUGAAGCUCUAGGCAACACUGAGCUUCCGACUGCAACAGAGAAACCAAAUAAGGUUCUGCUUCAGAGGCCUGGCACUGAGAGAGGGUCUGGGAAAUUGGUGAUGGAUUACGGUGGACGUGGCCGAGAAGACCUGGAGACCUUAGAAAAGGGAAAAGAGCGAGCUGUUAAAUGAGGAUCAAAGGUGCAGACUGAUAACUUGCUGCAACUCAUUUCCCACUACCAAGUUUCAGCUGAAUGACAUCUAAAAGGGCUUCUUGUAAAUAUCUAUUCAAGCAUUCUAACAGUUUAUGAAAUGCCAUCAUUUCAGCCAAAAAAAUCAGGUGAUGAUAACAUUGUUUAUUUUGUAAAUCUAAAACCUUUUAAAUUAGCUCUCUGAUGGCAUUUAGAAUAUAAACAUUCAGUGCUGUUAGUUAAAAGUAAUCAGUUGCUCAUUUUCUGUAUGAAGUCCAUAAGAACAUAAGAUAUAGAAGCAGAUUUGAGUCUGCUCAGACAUUCAAUCAUGACUGAUUUAUUGUCCAUUUCAACCCCAUUCUCCUGACUUCUCCCCAUCACCUUGAAUUUAUUAUUAAUUGAGAACCUAUCAAAUUUCAAUUUGUAUACUCAAUGACUUAGUCUCCACAAAUGUCUGUGGCAAUGAACUACCCUGUGGCUGAAGAAAUAUCUCCUCAUCUCUGUCCUAAAGGGACAACAUUGUAUUCUGAGUAUGAGUCCUCUGGUCCCAGACUCUCCCUCUAUUGGAAACAUCAUCUCCACGUCUACUCUAUCUAGGACUUUCAAUAUUCAAUAGGUUUCAAUGAGAUCUGCCCUCCAGCGAGUUCAGGGCCAGAGCUAUCAAACGCUCCUCAUACGUUUACCCUUUCAUUCCCAGGAUCAGUAUCAGGAGAUUAGCAUUGUUUGUUGUGUUGUCACUUUCUACAUCUGCUGAUUUCCUGGGGAGAUCAGAUACAGUAAAUGGGAAAUUAUUCGGCCAUCCAAUAUAUUUGUGUCACAUGUUCCACUGCAUAUUUGCUUUUGAUGUUGUGCUGUCUGACCCGAGGCUAAACUAGAAACUAUGACUCUCAAUCUAUUUCCAGCAUAGAUAUCUGCAGAUAAUUUUCAAUAAAUGUUACAUCUUAUUUUAUGUAUGAAUUUUUAAUGCUUUUGAAGAAAAUAAAGUCGAAUAUUACUCACA